CAUUGCAAAUUAAAAUUUAAAGUAUAAAUUAUUUCGUUUGGCAUGAAAUUAUAAUAUGUCAUUGUUCAAAUCUGGAGACUAUUCCAAACAAAUAAUUACGAAUACGGCCCAUACAUUCACUGUACAUGCAUUUGGGCACAUACAUUGUAGCGUAUGUGUAUAAUAAAUUAAUAAAUCUGGAGUAGUACAUUUACGAUAAUAAUUGAAAGGUAGCAAAAAGAUUAAUACUGUAUUGAUCUAAAUUUUAGUAUAUUUUAUAAUUGGUUGUCAACGUCAUGUAGAUUCAAAUUUAGCAAAAAGAAAAAGACAUGACUCACAUUAGAUGCUGUUCUACGAACCCUAUUUACUAGCCUAUAUUUAUUACACUUAUCUUUAUUAUUAACCCUAGGGUGGGGUCAACAAACCAUAGUUAAAUGUUUUUUUUUGCAAAGAAAAAAAAAGCCCAUAAUGAUUAUGAAUCUCAACCACACAACUUGGAUUUCUCAUUAUCAACAGUGCUCAACAUCUCAUCUCUUCUUCCUCCCAUGGGAGUAGAUUUACACAUAUAGUUUUAUUAAGUUCACUUUCUAGAUUAAUAUCGGUUCAAAUACUUAUCUCAAACUCCCAAAAAAAUUCAGAUUUACAUUAAGCAAACAGUUUGGUUUAGUGCACAAUCUUCAUUUUCUUUCCCUUCUCAUCUUUUCUUCUUCAACUUUAAACACCCUAAACAUCUUCAACUCAUGGAUGUAAUAGCUACUUCAGCUACUAUAGUAUCCCACCUGGAUUCGCAGCAACCCAUGACCCAAGCUCCGACCCGGAUACAGCCCGCGAAGCCUAUUUCUUUCUCCAACGGGAAACAUCACCACGACCACCAACAUCAUGCGUCUCAAGUGGUGGUUGCUGCUUAUAAAGAGUGUCUCAAGAACCACGCCGCUGGAAUCGGCGGUCACGCUUUAGACGGUUGCGGCGAGUUUAUACCGUCGCCGACGUUUAACACCAGCGACCCGACUUCACUAACAUGCGACGCCUGCGGUUGCCACCGUAACUUUCACCGCCGCGAAGACGAUCUAUCUGCUGUUUCAGCUGCUGUCCCGAGGAUAGAGUUUCGUCCUCAUAACCGUCACCAGCUUCCUCCGCCGCCGCUACCUCCGGUGGGAGUUGGCAGCCAAGACGACGAUGAUCCUGCUUCUCCUCCGCCGAUCUCGUCUUCUUAUAUGCUUCUUGCACUCUCCGGAAGAGCCACGGCGGCUCCGGUGUCGAGGAAGCGUUUUAGGACGAAGUUUAGUGAGUUUCAGAAGGGGAAGAUGUUCGAGUUCGCGGAGAGAGUUGGGUGGAGGAUGCCGAAAGCGGAUGACGUGGAUGUGGUGGAGUUUUGUCGGGAGAUUGGAGUUGAGAGGAGUGUUUUCAAAGUGUGGAUGCAUAACAACAAGACUCCAGGACGCGGCGGUGGAGCUAGAAGAGCCAACGGAGACGGAGGAGUAGGAGACGACCGUGAGAAUGUUCCGACAAACGGGUCGUUUGCUUCAACGUGAAGUAAGAUAAUGGCAACAUCGUCGUUUGUUUGGUAGCUAGUUCUUUUGGUUUCUCUUUGUUUGUUUCUGUUUUACGCUUAUUUUAUUUUUAGUCAACGGGUCAGAUCUGUGUGUUCUGUUCACAUGAAACUGUCUUGUGUUUUUUCUUAAUAGUUUACUAUUGUUAGAGUGGUGAUAUGAGAGGUGUAGCUUUCGACCGAAUACGAGAAAGAUAAAAGAUUAACCUCUAAAUUCUAAAAUUUUAAUAACAA